AAUAAGCCCGUCUAAACUGUGCUACAAAAUGCCAACGAGAAACUCUAGCUGGAAGAAAAUACCGUACAUUUUUCCAAAACUACGUAUUCUUUCAUUUGCGACAAAUUCCGGCGUUGAUAUUCGCUCAUUUUCCCUUCAAUUUAUCCAUUUAUCCGAUCGCCGGCGUAGGAAAUAACGUAAUUUUCGCCAUCUUUCAGUAGCGGCUCGAAUGCUCGAUUCAAACGACGACGACGGUUCAAUCAGCUGUCUAAAAGACGCCUAACGACGCCAUGCGCGUAGAAGGGGCGUAAGACCGGAAUAAGAAAAAGAACGACGAAAAGUCUGAAAAGAGAUGCGAGAUGAUGAAGAAGUGUACAACAUAAUGUUGCUUAUCUUUCUCCGUUUUGGUGUUUUCUACUACGAGUGCCGAUAAAUUGUUGUUUCCCGGUUUCUCUUUCGUUUCUUAACUCUGUAGGACUGUUUGAACAAACAAACGAAACUCAGUCGGACGCUGGUGUCGCGUUGAAAUGGCCAACAUCGGACAGCAUUACUGUUUGCGAUGGAAUAAUUAUCAGUCGAACAUGACGUCGGUUUUUUAUCAAUUACUACGUACCGGAGCUUUCGUAGAUGUCACCCUGACUUGUAAUGAAAAUUCGCUAAAAGCUCACAAGGUGGUUUUAUCGGCAUGCUCUUCGUAUUUUCAAAAACUACUCACAGAUAAUCCGUGCAAACAUCCGACCAUCAUAUUGCCCCAAGAAGUCGGCUUCAAUGAUUUGAAAUUCAUCAUAGAUUUCGUUUACCGAGGCGAAAUCAACGUAUCAGAAGCCGAACUUCAAAGUUUGUUAAAAACCGCCGAUCAUUUGAAAAUCAAAGGUUUAUGCGAAGUACCCGAAGGCGAAGAAGACGAUAUAGACGAUACCGGUUGCGGCGACUCGGUUACCGACGUUAGCGUCCUAGGUGCUCACAUGAUGAUGCUCCAGCCAGACAAAUCAUCACCUCAGAAACAUAAAAUACUCAAUAAAUUAAAACCAACCGUACAUAAAUUCGCAGCUAACAUCAAACGUAAACAUUUACCUCAAGAUGUGAACAGUUCGAGAAAAUAUUUCAUCAAAGAUACCAAACCUAAUUCCGGUACGCACGUUGAUCAAGGAUCAGUUCAACUAAUCCAAGCCAGUACCAUAAACCCGAACGAUAUUCUAGAUACGACCAAUAAUACUCAGCAAUAUCACAAUCUGCAACCGGCAGCUAACUGCAUCACUGUAGCAACCUCGACCGAGGAAGACGAUAAAGAUAAGUCGACGACUAACGUUGUUAUACUAGAUAACCGACAUCAACAGCAAAUGUCUACAUCAGUUCCUUCAUCUUUGCAUUACGUUCAGCAAAAUAAUUCUCAACAACGAUGCCAACAAACUGAGAAAAUCAUCCUGACUAGUCCAUCGCCGAUGAUGACCUCUUGUACUACGUUGACUACUUUACAACCUCAACAAUUUUCAUCUUCGCAGCCUUUACUACUGGACCAGAAUGGUCAUCAUCUAGGACCUACACAGCCUCAGAUACAGAAUCCUGACGAUAAUAAACAUCACGACGUAGAAAUGAUAUCAGAAGGACAGCCUCCCGGUCCUACGGCUACUCCGGUGCAUUGCCAUUCGAUGGAAAUGCAACAGCAUAGUCCGACUCAUCGAGAUAUCGCUGUUGAUACCUCUGGAAUGCAAACUGACGACAUGAAAGUGAAAUUUGAAACGUUAAGGACCAUGGAUCAAACCUCAGAUAGUAUGGAUACGAUUGAAAAUCACAUGUCUGAGCAUAGCUUAAAUGACGAUGAACAUACAAUGCAAACGAUGAUGAUCACACCAGAGCUGCUGGGACUGAUACCUUCCACUUCAUCUGCGCCUUCUUCUGUUGGCAGCGACAAUGGUAAAAACAACAUGACCAUGUCAAAGAAAGACUGGACUCAAGACGACAUGGACGCAGCAUUGGACGCCUUACGAAACCAUAACAUGAGUUUAACCAAAGCUUCUAUAACUUUCGGCAUUCCAUCGACUACUUUAUGGCAGCGAGCUCAUAGACUCGGAAUAGAUACUCCUAAAAAAGACGGUCCAUCCAAGUCGUGGAACGAAGACGUCCUUAACGUAGCCUUAGACGCCUUACGAACCGGAUCUCUGAGCGCGAAUAAAGCCAGUAAAGCCUACGGUAUUCCAAGCAGCACGUUGUAUAAAAUAGCCAGGCGAGAAGGGAUCCGUUUAGCUGCACCGUUCAACGCAGCUCCGACAGCUUGGACUCAAGAUGACUUGGAAAGGGCAUUGGAAGCUAUCAGAACCGGACAAACGACCGUUCAAAAGGCAGCCACAGAAUACGGUAUUCCUACCGGAACGCUUUAUGGACGUUGUAAAAGAGAGAAGAUAGAGCUAUCUCGUAGUAAUCCUACACCUUGGUCUCAAGAUGCCAUGUCCGAAGCUCUAGACGCCAUCAGAUUGGGCCAAAUGAGUAUUAAUCAAGCCUCCAUUCAUUAUAAUUUGCCAUAUUCUUCGUUAUACGGUAGAUUCAGACGAGGUAAAUACGAAGCCGAUCACCCGGAUCACGAAGACGACGAUACGAGCGGUGUCGUAGUCGAUGUCCAAAGCGGAGGCAAUCAACAACAACAAAUGGUUCAACAAUCUCAUUCCGGCGACAUGCAACAAUCUGAACCAAGCUCGUCUCAAGCUCAACAACAAUCUGCCCUCCAGCCUCAAAUUAUGUUAUUGCAAUAUCAACAUACUCCUGCCACACAUAUCCAAAUGUAUCAACCGGCGGCGCCCAGUUGAGACGAGUUUAAAUACUUGCAAUCUUUGUAGAGAUAAGUGCAAAGGUGCAAGUAUCACGCUUCGGGCUCAAAUUUUACAUUUUAUUUAUACAAUUUCUUCCGAAUCGACGAUUCGUUUUGUAUUUUUCUUCUUUUUUAUUUAUUUAUUCUUUCCUAUACGUCUAUGUUGUACUUAAUUGCGAAAGUUUCCUAUACCAAAUUUUCGUUACCAUAAUGUAUCCAGUAUUAUAUUUCUAUCCACUCGUUCUCAGUGUUGUAAAUUAGGAAUCUCACAUGAAACUUAUUUAUCGCAGCUUUAGAAAAGUAUCAUAAGUAGAGGUACUCGUUUAUUAAUACUUAACUACUUAAAUUUUAAAUCUUCGACAUUCCACACCACAUCUUCCCUCUUCCGCCUAUUUUUCCCCCUUAAUUUUCCUAUACCCUAAGUUGAAAAUCUAGCUGUGAAUUUUAAUCGAACGUAUGUACAGACGCGAGUAUAAUUCAUCAUUAUUUUAAUAAUUUAUUCAAUAGUCGUUCGUCGCUGUGUAAAAAUAAAUUAAGUUUGUGUGUUAGGCCAUAUCCUCUCCUUUCCUUUCCCAUUCCAGGCCUUAAAAAUUUCCUUCGGCUGUGUUAUAAAAUUAUUUACGAUUUAAUUAUAUUAAGGUAUGUAUUUCGAAUUAGUAAUUUUAGUUGAGCUACCAAAUAUCGUACUGUAAUUGUAAAUACUACGUGUGCUACUCCACGGAUAAAGAAGUCUCAUCCAGACUUUACGAGCCCUGUUUUCCUCGAUUACGAAUUUUAUUUUAUUUUUUCCAUGUCUUCGUCAAAUUUUAUGUAAUAAACGAAUAUUUUCAUUAUUAGA